AUGCCGAAGGGACGAAAAAUCGUCAUCGCGAGUCUCUUCAAGGGAGAGCCCAAAGUCACCGACUUCAAAAUCGAGACCGAAGAACUGCCGGCGCUACAGGAUGGCCAAAUACUGUGCGAAGCAGAAUACAUCAGCGUGGACCCGUACCAGAGGGCGUACUCACAGAGGCACAAGGUCGGCGCCACCAUGAUCGGAUCACAGGUGGCGCGUAUUGUGGAAAGCCGAUCGCCGGACUACCCAGUAGGGCGCCAUGUGGUCGGCUACUGGGGCUGGAGCGACCGCACAGUGGUCGACCCUGCACCUAAAGGUGAGGAAGUACUGCCCCCGAUGCUGGUGCCUGACCUUGGAGACCUGCCGCUGUCGCUGUCGCUGGGGGUACUAGGAAUGCCGGGGGCCACUGCCUACUUCGGACUGCUCGACAUCUGCGACCCCAAGCCUGGGGAGACGGUGGUCGUCAGUGGCGCAGCAGGUGCUGUGGGCUCCAUAGUGGGGCAGAUAGCCCGCAUCAAGGGCUGCAAGGUCAUCGGCAUAGCUGGCUCCGACCUAAAGGUUAAGUGGCUGAAGGAAGAGUUAGGGUUCGACUACGCCUUCAACUACAAGACGGUGAACGUGGACAAGGCGCUGAAGGAGGCGGCUCCUCAGGGUGUCGACGUCUACUUCGACAACGUGGGAGGGGAGCAGAGCGGCCAAGUGAUCGCCAACAUGAGGCACCGCGGCCGUAUCUCCGUCUGCGGCUGCAUCUCCACCUACAACGCCACCAAAGUACCGAUGGCGCCCGUCUUGCAGAUGCACAUGGUCGGCAAGGAACUCAAGAUGGAGGGCUUCAUGGUGGGGCGCUGGUGGGGCCGUUGGGACGAAGCUUUCACGGAGAUGGCGCAGUGGAUCAGGGAGAGGAAACUCAAGUACAAGGAGACCGUCACUGACGGCUUCCAGAACACGCCGCAAGCUUUCAUUGGCAUGCUCAGAGGGGAGAAUCUAGGCAAGGCGGUUGUCAAGGUCUGA